AUGGGUGGCUGGCGAUAUCGCCUCCUCGAUCUCGACGCGAAAUUGUACCUUGAUGAACACGACGGGGGUAACUGGCGCGAGAAGUGGAAGUACAUCCUCCACGCCAUCCCUUACCACCCAGAGCCUCUUCGAUUCCAGGCGCCGACGCUACUCCGACGCGCGGUCGAGAGUGCCAGGACAACUACCAUAACAUCGCUCCCUCUCGAGCUCGUCGACAUGAUUCUUGAUCUACUCAACGACCAGCUCGAUAUCUUCUGCUUCGCCUUCACGUGUCGCGCGACCUGGUGUGCUGCCGAGCGACGCAUACAUGGCUUUAUCGGCGCUUGGGCCAAUGGAUGGUCAGGGCAUCGCAUUAUCUAUAUCAGCAACGGAGAUGACCGGACAGACGAGGACUUCCCAAGGGACCUUAAUAUCGACUCCGAGGGAGAAGACUUCUGCACGGAAUGUGGCCUGGACUCGGACGACGAGGAGGACGGGGAGGACCAGUGUCCUUGCAAACGAGGAGAACCAUGCAUGCAUCCUCGAGCGUGUAACUUGUACGAAUGGGCCGGUCAUCAAUACGCCGAUAUGGAGGAGAAACUCCCCUACGAUCUGGCCAGCUCGCUCGUAGGCUGUCUUGAGAAGAGGUUCGAGAGCAGCACGGCGGACGACCAUGCGGAACUUGUCAUCCUCGAGCGUCUCAUUCAACAGUUAGUCCCCAACGCCAACUUGCGCGAAACCAACGAAGCGGAUCUCGUGCUAUGCAACUAUACGCGUGGGCUCUACGUGCGAGGCGCCGCUAUGGUCGAACGCAAUCGCCGUCACAGCUCGCAGUGCAAUAUGGCGACCGUCAUACUGCGACGCACAAAAUGGGAGGCCCACCACAGUGGACGUCAGGACCCGGACGAUUGUUUUCUCCAAGGUGAACCUAACGGUGAUUGGCGUGCGGCGUGGGCAGGAGAUCGGUUGGACCUUUUAACGGUCGCCCAGAUGGACGAGUUGCUGGAGGAAGGAGAUGAAAACGAGGAGCCUAUGCCUUGGAUCGACGCGACCGUCGCAGUGCUUAACGAUGUUUAUAGCAGACGUAAUUAUUGA